AUGCACCGUAGGCCCUUCUUCGUGACUCUCCUAGAGAGGGCCCUGGCGUUGUCUCCCUGCUUUGCAGCUCAGGUGUCUCCUGAAGCUGCAUGCUGGGAGGAACUUGCAGCUCAGAAGGGUCACUGUAGCUACGAUUCAGAACUAGUUACCCCAGAUUUCACUGCAAGGGGGGCCGCGCCAUGGCGUCUGCAGGAUGUCGCUGCAGUGGAUGCGCAGCUUCCGAAGAGCAGGCAUGGUGCUGCUGGUGGUAGUGACUGUGCUGGUGUUGACGCCACGAGGAUCUCUGGCGUAGCAGCAGAUGACUGUACGACAGCGACAGGAGCCUCAGCUGCAGUAUCAACACAGCCAGUGGCGUGGUGCCCGGUUGUCUUUAUGACUGCACUUGACUGCAUCACAUACUGCAGCCACUGUGAGCCUGCGGUGUUGCUGCAGCAAGUAUGCCGGCUGUUGCAGCUUGAAACUCCGCAGCUCGCAGCAGCAGGGGAGCAGCAGCAAACUUUCAGGGCUCAUGCCGAGGCUGUUGUGCGGUGGAAAGGCGACAGGCAACCUGAACUGCGGCAGCUCCUUGAGGAGGUUAGAGAGGUGGCAACAGAGGCUGGUCUGGAGUGGCGCGAGGCACGUGAGGGGCUUCCCCCUUCGCCUGUGUCUGCCUUUGGAAGCAAGUGGCCUUUCUCAGAAGUGUGCUUAUGGGUUCAGGGGUAUCCUCUGGUUUUGCAAGCAGAUACAGAGGGGUUCCGUGUGGCAGCGCAGCCCCCUGAGGCCAAUCGGAAUUUCAACACUGGGCACAAGUAUUUGCUGCUCCGUGGAUUUAAAGCCAUGGGGGUAUUGAGGGUGAGGGGCUUACUAGAGCAGAAGUAA